AUGGCAGAGUCUCAACAGCAGCCAGAGCUGCAAGCCAAACUCCAGCAGCUCGACCAUGAGUUGGAGGAAGGCGACAUCACGCGCAAAGGGUACGAGAAGAGACGGACGAUGAUCAUGAGCCAAUUCAUGAGUCCGCAGCAAAUCGGCCAACUGACCGAAGGGUUGAGAGUACACAACGCGGAGACCUCGUCGUACGGGCGCGGACGAGGUGGGAAUAAUGGUAGCGAGAUGGAAGAUGGAGGCUACGGCGAUUUCACGGCUGGUCCGUACGCACAGCAGGGCUACGAUCCAAGCAUGAGUCCGGGAAGUGAUGGUCAGCGGGAUCCGUAUACACUCGGUCAUGGUGGAGGAGGGGCGCCAGCUUUUAGUCUGCAGCCUGCGACCCCUGGGUUUGGAGAUAUGGGACCGCCGAGUCAGGUGCAGCGGUUCCAGGAGCAGCAGUUGGGCAUGCAUAGGGAAAGGCAAACUUCGUAUGGAUCGUAUGGUGGAGUAGCAGGAAGCGGAAGACCACAGAGCGCUGGAAGCCAGUAUAGCUCGAACAAUGGAACGAUGGUGAACUCGGACUAUGCUUUCAACCCGGACAACAAACCUCAAGAUCAACAACAACAUCAACAAGGUUGGACAUCACCGGAUGGCGGGGAUAGUAGGAGGAGCACCAUGCUAGGCGAUUCCCAAGGCUACUUCAGUGACUUCACAGCCACGCAAAUGAUGGACGAUCGAGCCCAGGACUCCUACGGUGGACCACAACGAUAUUCAGCAGGCGAGGCCUUUUCACCCACCGCUGCUAUCCCGCCACCGCUUAGUCAACUACCUACGGCACCAAUCCACCAGCUCCCGCUCGAGCCCCGAGAUGUGCCGUUCGCUGUGUACGAUCCGCAUAACAACAACAUCCCAAUGUCACAAUUCGACAACAUAGGUGCGGUACUGCGGCAUCGAGGCAAGAUGCAGGCGCGGCAGCCAGCGUACUGGAUAGUUGACUCAAAGGGAAAGGAGGUCAGCUCCAUAACCUGGGAGAAGUUGACUUCGCGGGCGGAGAAAGUGGCGCAGUUGAUACGGGAUAAAUCGAACUUGUAUCGAGGAGAUCGGGUGGCGCUGGUAUAUCGGGAUAUCGAGACGAUUGAUUUCGCGAUUGCAUUGUUAGGCUGCUUUAUUGCUGGUGUGGUGGCGGUCCCGAUCAAUAAUGUGGACGAUUAUCAGAAGUUAUCCUUGCUACUUACGACGACGCAGGCGCAUUUGGCGUUGACGACGGACAACAACCUCAAGAUCUUCCAACGGGACAUCUCGGCGCAGAAAUUGAAGUGGCCGCCUGGCGUGGAAUGGUGGAAGACGAAUGAGUUUGGAUCCUACCAUCCGAAGAAGAAGGAGGAGAAUCAGCCGCUGCAGGUUCCCGAUCUGGCUUAUAUUGAGUUCUCCCGCGCCCCGACAGGAGACCUUCGGGGAGUAGUGCUAUCGCAUCGCACGAUUAUGCAUCAAAUGGCUUGUCUGAGCGCGAUGGUCUCUACCAUCCCCAAAGGCAAUGAGGACAAAGAUACCUUUUCGGCGAAUUUGAGGACGGCGGAAGGGGCGUAUAUGGUACCCCGGUCCAGCAAGAGCGAGAUCAUCCUCUCGUACCUUGAUCCCCGCGAAGGAUGUGGGUUGAUCUUGGGCGUGUUGUUGGGUGUGUAUGGCGGGCACACGACGGUAUGGCUCGAGAGCAAAACGGUGGACACGCCAGGCAUGUACGCCAACUUGAUCACGAAAUAUCGUGCGACGCUGCUGGUAGCGGAUUAUCCCGGCCUCAAGCGAGCGGCGUAUAAUUACCAGCAGGAUCCCAUGGCCACUCGGAAUUUUACCAAGAAGAUGGAACCGAAUUUCUCUUGUUUGAAGUUGUGUUUGAUCGAUUCUUUGACCGUGGACACGGAGUUCCAUGAAAUUCUGGCGGAUCGCUGGCUGAGGCCUAUGAGGAAUACGAGGGCGAGAGAGCUGGUGGCGCCUAUGCUGUGUUUACCUGAGCAUGGAGGGAUGAUCAUCAGUGUGCGGGAUUGGUUGGGUGGGGAGGAGAGAAUGGGUUGUCCACUCAGUAUCAUGCAGGAUGAGGAGAGUGAAGAUGAGCCUGAGAGUCCGGCGACAGGGAAUGGAGGGAACAAUUACUCGAGUUUGCUGGGUGGUGGGGCGAAUGAGAAGAAGAGGGGUCUGUUAGGAGGGAAGAGGAGGCGGACGGAGUUAAGUGAGGUUCUGCUGGAUAAGGAGAGUCUGAAGACGAAUGAGGUCGUUGUUCUGGCUAUGGGCGAGGAGGCACGGAAACGAGCGAACGAGCCUGGUACUGUGAGGGCGGGGGCGUUCGGGUACCCGUUACCAGAUGCCACCCUGGCGCUCGUCGAUCCGGAGACGAAUCUGCUGUGUCCGCCUUUUACGGUAGGUGAAAUCUGGGUCGAUUCGCCUUCUCUAUCGGGAGGAUUUUGGGCGCUCCCGAAACAUACCGAGACGAUCUUCCAUGCCCGACCGUAUCACUUUGUCGAGGGCAGUCCGACACCCGUGCUAGUCGAGCCCGAGUUUUUGCGCACGGGACUACUAGGGUGCGUGAUUGAGGGAAAGGUGUUCGUGCUGGGACUCUAUGAGGAUAGGAUACGCCAGCGGGUUGAGUGGGUCGAGCAUGGUGCGCAUGAGAUCGAGCAUCGGUAUUUCUUCGUCCAGCAUCUCGUGUUCACAGUCAUGAAGACGGUGCCGAAGAUCUACGAUUGUUCGGCUUUCGACGCGCAUGUGAACGGCGAGUACCUACCCAUAAUUUUGAUUGAGACACAAGCCGCCAGUACCGCGCCCACCACUACAGGAGGACCGCCUAGGCAGCUGGAUAUUCCAUUCUUGGACAGUCUGAGUGAGCGGGUCAUGGAGGUCUUGUACCAGGAACAUCACCUCCGGGUCUACUGCGUCAUGAUGACUGCACCCAGCACACUACCGCGUGUGGUGAAGAAUGGGAGACGGGACAUCGGGAACAUGCUGUGUAGGAAGGAGUUCGACAACGGGAACCUCCCCUGCGUGCACGUCAAAUUUGGCGUUGAGCGGGCGGUGCAGAAUUUGCCUUUGGGUGAUGAUCCAGCGGGUGGGGUGUGGAGUCCGUUGUCCAGUCAGGUGCGGCAGGAUAUGUUGGCCUUGCAUGCGGAUAAGCAGUACUCAGGUGUUGAUCAUAGGGAGGUGGUGAUCGAUGAUCGGACGAGCACGCCAUUAAAUCAAUUCAGCAAUAUCCAUGAUCUUCUGCAGUGGCGGGUCUCGCGGCAAGCGGAGGAGUUGAGUUAUUGUACUAUUGAUGGGCGAGGAAGAGAAGGCAAGGGGGUGAACUGGAAGAAGUUUGAUUUGAAGGUUGCGGGCGUGGCGCAGUAUCUCAAGAAUAAGGUAAAGAUUCAGGCCGGCGAUCAUUUGUUACUGAUGUAUACGCAUAGCGAGGACUUCGUCUACGCGGUACAUGCUUGUAUCUGUCUGGGGGCGAUCGCGGUGCCUAUGGCGCCGAUCGACAGUAAUCGCCUGAGCGAAGAUGCACCGGCACUGCUGCAUAUGAUGGCCGACUUCCGGAUCAAAGCCGUGCUCGUCAACGCGGAUGUGGAUGCCCUGCUGAAGCAGAAAGCGGUGAGUCAGCAUUUGAAGCAGAGUGCCCUUAUUUUGAAGGUGCAUAUUCCGCCUACUUAUAAUACGACCAAGCCGCCGAAACAGAGCCAUGGCUGUCGAGAGCUUGGAUUGACGAUCCGGCCUGCGUGGAUAGCGGCAGGGUAUCCGGUCAUCGUCUUCACGUACUGGACUCCUGAUCAGCGACGGAUAGCAGUGCAGCUGGGUCAUAGCAAUAUCAUGGCUCUUUGCAAAGUGCAAAAGGAGACGUGCCAGAUGACUUCUACCCGGCCUGUGUUGGGAUGUGUGCGCAGCACCAUGGGCUUGGGCUUCCUACACACCUGCAUCAUGGGCAUCUUCCUCGCUUCGCCGACAUACCUGGUCUCGCCGGUAGAUUUCGCCGGGAACCCGAAUAUUCUUUUCCAGACGAUAAGUCGGUAUAAGAUCAAGGAUACCUAUGCCACCGCACAGAUGCUCGAUCAUGCAAUCGGACAUAAUGCGGGUAAGACAACGCCACUGCUUGAGUUGAAGAAUUUGAUGAUUUCGACUGAGCAGAGGCCGAGGAUGGAUGUCUAUAAUCGCGUGCGCAUGGCUUUCGCGCAGAGCGGAUUGGACCGAACGGCGAUCAAUACAAUCUACUCUCACGUCCUCAACCCCAUGGUGGCGAGUAGGAGUUACAUGUGUAUUGAGCCUAUCGAACUCUACCUGGACCCGCAUUCGCUGCGGAGAGGCCUGGUUGUGCCGGUGGACCCAGACCAGGAGCCGUUCGCGCUCAUGAUGCAAGAUUCUGGUAUGGUGCCCGUGAGCACCCAAAUCAGCAUCGUGAACCCCGAGACCAACCACCUGUGUCUUGUGGGCGAGUACGGUGAGAUCUGGGUGCAGUCCGAGGCAAACGCGCAUUCUUUCUAUGGUACAACAGAUGCCUUCGACACGGAAAGAUUCAAUGGGAGGACUGUAGACGGUGACCCCUCGGCGCGGUAUAUGAGGACAGGGGAUCUCGGAUUUUUGCACAAUGUUUCGCGGCCUAUUGGGCCGGGAGGCAAUAUGGUGGAUAUGCAGGUCCUCUUCGUUCUGGGAAGCAUCGGCGAAACGUUCGAGGUCUGUGGCUUGCAACACUUUCCCAUGGACGUUGAGACUUCAGCCGAGCGCGCACAUCGCGCGAUAGCGAAGGGUGGGUGUGCAAUCUUCCAGGCUGGGAGUCUGUUAGUAUUGAUUGCUGAGGUGCGGACGAGGGCGUUUCUGGCGAGCUUGGUACCGGUCAUUGUCAAUGCGGUAUUGAAUGAGCAUCAGCUCGUGCUGGAUAUCGUCGCCUUUGUCGCUCUCGGCGACUUCCCGCGCUCGCGACUAGGUGAGAAGCAACGAGGCAAGAUCCUUGCAAGCUGGGUCAGUCGCAAAAUGCGCACGAUCGCUCAAUUCAGCAUACGUGAUCCCGAUGCCGAAGGCAGCGUGGGCACCGUCGUGCCCGAAGACGGCUACGGCAGACGAGGUAGCACACAUUCUGGUGCCGCAGGUGGGAGCCUCAGACGAGCGACGCUGACAGGUGGAAGCUCUCUUCGUAAUGUGGAGAGUGUGACACACAUGCCUCUGUCAGAAGAGCCGCCUAUCAUGGAGGGUGAGCCUCUCACACUACAGACUACCAAUCACGGACAUGCACGGCACGAUUCCCAGACGACAUAUGGAGAUGGGAUGGAUGAUAGAGGGACCACACGCAGUGAUGUUACGCCUACGAACGAGACGCAUAGACCCACGCAGAUGCAGCUGAACACGACGUUAGACUACUCACCUGUCGAACCCACGAGUUUCGAUUCGCCGGACUCGUUACAUCGACAUCAGCAGGCGCCGACGAGCGGCAGUAUGAUGGGUGGGAGGGACGAGUAUCAGAUGCAAGCGACGUAUGCCCCAGGCGACGACUUCGACUUUGGUACACAUCAUGAGCGGGAGCCGGAGCCAGCGCAGGGAUCGACUCCGUCGACGUAUCUUGAUUAUCGCCCUGUGUCACCGACUCUUGGACUACACGCUGUGGGUGAUGGCGGCGCUGGCGGCCGUGGUGGUGGAUUGAGAGUGGCGAAUCAUUCGAGGCAGGAGAGCGAUGAUUGGAAGAAGGAUGCUCUGCGAAGUCUGAGUUUUCGGUGA